AUGUCCAAAUCCACCUACGCCGACGAAAAGCAGGUAGAUCCUCUCUACCAAGUUGCUGGCGACGAACAAAAUGGGAAUGCACCUGUCGAAGUCUUUAGUGCUUUGGUCGCUGAAGACCACAAACACGACAUCAAGCUUCGAACCAUGUCCUGGCAGAAAGCAGCCUGGUUGCUAGCCGGCGAUCAGGUCUGUCUCGCCAUUAUGGCCCAAACAUGGUCACUGUCCGUCCUCGGAUGGGUGCCUGGUAUCAUCACCAUGGUGGGUGCAGGUAUCUUCUUUUGGAUCACCUCCAUUACCAUGCACAAAUUCAUCAUGAAGCAUCCACAAAUUAAGGAUAUUUGUGACUUUGGUUACUACGCCUUUGGCAAGAGUCGAAUCGCAUACGAAUGGACUGGAUUCAUGUUGCUCGCCAAUAACAUCCUCCUUAUUGGCUUCCACGUCCUCACUGGUGCCAAAGUCCUCAACACUUUAUCGAAUCACUCCCAAUGUACCGUUGUCUUCUCGAUCAUCGUCAUGCUGAUGGGUAUCAUUAUGUCUGUUCCUAGAACUUUACGUCAUAUCUCUUUCAUGUCAAUGUUUUCUGCUGCCUGCAUGGCAAUUUCGAUCCUCCUCUUUCUGAUCUUUGCAGGCAUUGAGCAACAUCCUGGUUUUGGGUACCACGGUGUUUAUCCUGCUGCUGGAGAGGUCAGAACCUACGCUUUCCCACUCCCUGGCACUACAUGGAUUGAUUGUCUAAAUUCAGUAUUAAACGUUACAUUUUUAUGGAUACCCCAGAUCCUAUUUCCGACUUUCAUCGCAGAGAUGGAGAAGCCACAAGAUUUCCCCAAGUCCCUCGCGGUUCUCGCGGCCAUUUCCACCUUCUUGUUCAUCUGCCCUCCAGCUAUUGGGUUCCACUACUUGGGUCAAUAUUCGACUGCUCCAGCUUUCGGUAGCCUGGGAGUUACGGCUUACAAGAAAGGCUCCUUCGCAUUCGUUAUUGUGCCAACUCUCGUCAUCGGCGUGAUUUACGCAAAUGUCACGGCCAAGUUUAUAUACUUCCGAAUCAUGGGCAAGUCUCGUCAUGCCCAUAGCAACACUGUCACUGGAUGGGGUGUCUGGAUUCUGGUCAUGGCUGGGAUCUGGGUCGUCUCAUUCAUCUUUGCUGAGGUUAUCCCCAGCAUGGGAGACUUCCUCUCUCUACUUGGAGCGGCAUUCGAUUCAUUCUUCGGUUUUAUCUUCUUUGCAGUGGCGUACUACCAUUUGUACAAGGGGAGACUGUUCGAUGGUGUGUAUAGGUCCAUCAUGACAGUGAUCCACGUUUUCGUCAUGCUUGUGGGACUGUUCUUACUUGGACCGGGGCUCUAUGCCGCCGUCAAAGCCAUCAUGGCGGACUACUCAGGUGGUGCUACGCCGGCAUUCAGCUGUGCGGAUCUGUCCAUCUAG